UAUGGUGGAAAAACUUUUCUCCCAAUUAUUGCUUUUUUUCUUCUUUUCCCUCUAUAACCUUUACUGCUCGCACUCAGUACCCUCCUUGGAUUGCGAUCUCCUAACUAUAUAAACUCUUGCACCACGAAGAAGAGAUCUAAAUACUAAUUAUCAAUGGCUACUACUUUACGUAUGGGUUCAGCUCUCAUUUACCAAAACUCCCUUGGCCACAAUUUUCGUCUUCCACAUCCUCACGGACCUCACCGUUUUGUAUGCAAGUCCAUGACCAAAACGACGCCGGAUGCUACUUCUGUUGACCUCCGUCGACGCUCCGGCAACUAUCAACCUUCACCGUGGGACCAUUGUUAUCUCCUCUCCAUCAAGAAUAAAUAUGCGAGUGAAAAAGAAGUAAUAGCUAGAGAUAUGUUGAAGAAAAAAGUGAAGAAGAUGCUUGAUGUUACAAAGAGCCAUCUUGAGCAAUUAGAGCUCAUCGAUGAUCUACAAAAACUUGGGGUUUCAUAUCAUUUUGAGCUAGAAAUAAAUGACAUUUUAACAAAUUUUCAUCAUGAAAAUGGAAAUUAUACUUGGAAAGGUGACAAGGAAGAAGAUUUACAUGCAACAGCACUCAAAUUCCGACUUCUUAGACAACAUGGUUUUGAUGUCUCAGAAAAUAUAUUUGAUGCGAUCAUUGACAAGAUAGAAAGCAAUAGGUUCAAGAGCAACAAUAUAUCAAGUAUCAUCUCUUUGUAUGAAGCGUCGUAUCUCUCCACCAUAGCGGAUACUAAAUUGCAUAAAGUCAUCAGACCUUUUGCAACACAACAAAUAAGAAAAUAUGUUGAUGGUGAAACAUACAACAUGGAGAUACGAGAGAAAGCAAUUCAUGCGUUAGAAAUGCCAUACCAUUGGAGAAUGAGAAGGCUAGAGACGAGAUGGUACAUCGACGCAUACGAGAAGAAACAUGACAUGAAUCUUUUUUUGAUCGAACUUGCCAAAGUCGAUUUCAAUAUCGUACAAACUACUCAUCAAGAAGAUCUCAAAUACGUUUCAAGCUGGUGGAAAGAUACAUGUUUGGCUAAUGAACUUCCCUUUGUAAGAGAUAGAAUUGUCGAGAAUUAUUUUUGGACAGUCGGUUUAAUAUACGAACCACAAUAUGGAUAUAUCCGACGAAUCAUGACUAUAGUUAAUGCGCUUGUUACAACCAUCGACGAUAUCUACGACAUCUAUGGUACUCUUGAAGAACUUGAACUCUUCACUUCCAUGGUUGAGAAGUGGGAUGUAAAUCGUCUUGAUGAGCUUCCUGAGUACAUGCGGUUGUGUUUUCUUCUUUUGUACAAUGAAAUCAAUGGCAUUGGAUAUGAUAUUCUCAUAUAUAAAAAUAUUGAUGUCACCCCUUUUCUCAAGAAAUCGUGGGCAGAUUUAUGCAAAACAUAUCUAGUGGAAGCAAAGUGGUAUAACAGAGGAUACAAACCAAGUGUGGAAGAAUACAUGAAAAAUGCUUGGAUUUCAAUUUCUGCCCCAACAAUACUGAUCCACUUUUACUGUGUUUUCUCGGACCAAAUCUCACUUCAAAACUUAGAGACUUUGUCUCAACACCGACAACACAUCGUCCGAUGCUCUGCCACCGUUCUUCGUCUAGCUAACGACCUUGGAACAUCACCGGAUGAAUUGGCGAGAGGAGAUGUUCUCAAAUCGGUCCAAUGUUACAUGCAUGAGACGGGAGCCUCGGAGGAAGAGGCACGCGAGCACGUGCAGCAGAUGAUUAGUGAUACAUGGGACGACAUGAACAACGAAACAAAACCGGCUCGCAGUUCAUUUUCCCGAGGUUUUGUUGAAGCUGCAAUGAACCUGGCACGCAUGUCGCAAUGCAUGUAUCAAUAUGGGGAUGGUCAUGGAUGUCCGAACAAAGCCAAAACCGUUGAUCGUGUCCAAUCCUUGCUCGUUGAUCCAAUCCCACUAGAUUGAUUUACACUAAAGUUAUGUAUUUGAGGAAGUUACCUCUUAAAAUAUGGAAUUUAGAUAUGUUGUAUCUUUAACUAAUAAAUUUCUAUAAAAUAUCUUGAUGUCAUUUAGAAAGCAAUGGCUAAGAGGAGGGUAUUCAACUUGAUAUUUAAGGAUUUGUUAGGAUUUUAAUAUUAGAAAUUUGAAAGAUUUAGGAGAUUUUUAGCAGA